AUGAUAUUUGAUCGAUCAGUCACCACUGCACACAGAACAAAAACAGAACUAUUGCGCCAGCGAUACCAAUCACAUCAUGAGAUGCAGCACGUCAGCACUAAUGACACAGCGCUGUGUGGGCGCGGGUGCUUCUUGUUUACUGGUCUCCGCGAGCGAGACAGGCGCGGGGCCGCCGCGUUAACGCAGUUACUGCAGUUAUUGCGCCACGUGUCACAGCUGCCGCCGCUACAGAAGUGUCAGACGACGCCGCGCGCCGCAACCCCGGCCAAACCACUUGUCAAAGCAUUAGCUAUACACAACAAACUAAACUUUACUUCAAGAGCGAAGCAGUACCCAGAAGACCUGGAUGGACUCCAGGUCUUCAUUGCGGUGGAUGGAGUGGAUCUACUGGGCGACGCGUGGCUGAUACCGUCAGCGACACGUAGUAAUUGCGUUAGCGCGGCGCGCGACCGUCGCACCGCUCUCCUGGCGGCUCACCUCUGCCGAGGGGUCGGCACUCCGCGCGCUCUGUCUAACUAG